UGACAAGGAUCCGGGUAUCAGGCUCUUUGGAAGGAAUAUUCCGUUGCCGGAAUGUCAGAUUCCGGCGAGCUCUCAGAUGGGUUGUCAGAUUCAGGCCAAUUCUGCAACCAUGAAUGCUCGCAGUAGCUUAAAGAAAACAGAAGAUGAAAAGCCUCCUACUCAAAACUCUGAGCAACCAGAGAAUUCUUCUGAUUCAAAGGAUAGGAAACAUGAGUCCCAACAUAAUGUGCAAGAAAAUGAUUCUGAAGUUAAUACCAAGCUUGUGGAAGAUAAUAUGGAGAGUAGCAGCACAGAUCAAGAUAAAAUCUUUAAGAAACCAGACAAGAUUCUUCAUUGUCCAAGAUGCAACAGUUUGGACACUAAAUUUUGUUAUUUCAACAACUACAAUGUCAAUCAACCUCGGCAUUUCUGCAAGAAUUGCCAAAGGUAUUGGACUGCUGGUGGAACAAUGAGAAGUGUUCCUGUGGGUGCUGGGAGACGGAAGAAUAAGCACCUAGUUUCUCAAUACCGGCAUGUCAUUGUAGCUUCUGAUGGAAAUCCAACAACCAUGUUAGAAACCAAAGACUCAUCUUGUCACCAAUUUGUCUCAACCCAAUCUGCUUCUGUUUUCAGGUCUUCAACAGAUAAUGGUACUGUUUUGAAAUUCGGUCCGGAUACCCCUCUUAGUAAAUCCAUGGAGUCAAUGCUUAAUCUUGGAGACCAGAAAAGAAGUGUUGAUGCAAGCUCUAUAAAUUGCGCGGAAAAUGGGGAGGAAGAGGUAUCCUUGUGUGGAUCUUCUGUGACAAAUGCUUUUACUCAAGGAAAUGAACUAUCAGAACAUAAUACAUCAAAACCUUUGCAGUGUUACCCUGUUCCUCCUUGGGUAUUUCCUUGGAAUCCAGGUUGGAACAAUGUUCAUCAAUCUUCACUGAACAUGUGUAGUAACCCUUAUAUCACUGAUCCUGGUGCAAUGCAGUGGUGUCCCACACCAAUGGUGGCAGUUCCAACCAUUUGCCCACCAAGCAUUCCAUUGCAAAUUUUUCCUGGAUCAUAUUGGAGUGGAACACAAGUGUGGACUAAUGCAACAGGAACAGUUUCAAUAGGUUCCAAUGGUUGCCUUUCACCUUCUUCUUCUACUAGUAACAGCUGCUGUUCAGGCAAUAAUGGCUCCCCAACACUUGGCAAACACAAUAGAGAUACUAUUUUCACAGAUGAAGAGAAGUCAGAGAUGUGUGUUUUGGUUCCAAAGACCCUUAGAAUUGAUGAUCCAAAUGAGGCCUCAAAAAGUCCUAUAUGGGCUACAUUAGGUUUCAAGCAACAAUCUAUAUCACAAGAUGGUAUUUCCAAAAUAAAUGAACCUAAAGGAGAAGGCAAAGACCGUGUAUUGGGUGUGUCUCAAGUCUUGAAAGCUAACCCUGCAGCUAUUUCUCGUGCUUAUGCAUUCCAAGAGAGCAUGUGAAGAGUUUCUAGCUUCAAGUUUUGGAUUGACAACUUCAGUCUGAUAAUCUUGUGCAUAUUGCUGGCUUUUGGUUCAACAUGCAGAAAAUCUGUUUUGCAAGUUGCAUUAG